AAUGGUUAAAUAUGUGGACCUUGGAGGAUCUUAUGUUGGACCAACCCAGAAUCGUAUCUUAAGAUUAGCCAAGGAGCUAGGAUUGGAGACCUACAAAGUGAAUGAAGUAGAGUGCUUGAUCCACCACGUAAAGGGCAAAUCAUACCAAUUCAGGGGCCCAUUCCCAUCUGUGUGGAAUCCAAUUACCUACCUGGAUCAUAACAACCUUUGGAGGACAAUGGAUGCCAUGGGACAAGAGAUUCCCAGUGACGCCCCGUGGAAGGCGCCGCUUGCAGAAGAGUGGGACUGCAUGACGAUGAAGGAGCUGCUGGACAGGACGUGCUGGACUGAAUCUGCAAAGAAGUUUGCUACUCUCUUUGUGAACCUGUGUGUCACUGCAGAGACCCAUGAGGUCUCUGCUCUCUGGUUCCUGUGGUAUGUGAAGCAGUGUGGAGGCACGACCAGGAUCAUCUCAACAACCAAUGGAGGACAGGAGAGGAAAUUUGUGGGAGGAUCUGGUCAAGUGUGUGAGCGGAUAAUGGACCUCCUUGGGGACCGAGUGAAGCUGGAGAGGCCUGUGACCCACAUUGACCAGACAGGAGAAAAUGUCCUUGUGGAGACCCUAAAUCGUGAGGUGUAUGAGGCUAAGUAUGUAAUUAGUGCUGUGCCUCCUACUCUGGGCAUGAAGAUUCACUUCAGUCCCCCUCUGCCAAUGUUGAGAAACCAGCUGAUCACUCGUGUGCCUUUGGGUUCAGUCAUCAAGUGUAUUGUUUAUUAUAAAGAGCCCUUCUGGAGGAAAAAGAAUUACUGUGGAACCAUGAUUAUUGAAGAAGAGGAAGCUCCAAUUGCCUACACAUUGGAUGAUACCAAACCUGAUGGCAGCUAUGCCGCCAUAAUGGGAUUUAUCCUUGCCAACAAAGCCAGAAAACUGGCACGUCUUACCAAAGAGGAAAGGUUGAAGAAACUUAUUGAGCUCUACGCAAAAGUUCUAGGCUCCAAAGAAGCUUUGCAGCCGGUGCACUAUGAAGAGAAGGACUGGUGCGAGGAGCAGUACUCAGGAGGCUGCUACACGACCUACUUCCCCCCUGGGAUCAUGACUCAAUAUGGAAGGGUUCUGCGCCAGCCGGUGGACAGGAUUUAUUUUGCAGGCACUGAGACUGCGACACACUGGAGUGGCUACAUGGAAGGGGCUGUGGAGGCUGGGGAGAGAGCAGCCCGAGAGAUCCUGUAUACCAUGAAGAAGAUCCCAGAGGAUGAAAUCUGGCAGUCUGAACCAGAGUCUGUGGAUGUCCCUGCACAGCCUAUUACCACAACCUUCUUGGAGAGACAUUUGCCCUCUGUGCCAGGCCUGCUGAGGCUGAUUGGAUUGACUACCAUCUUUUCAGCAGCUGCUCUUGGCUUCCUGGCCCACAAAAGGGGGCUACUUGUCCGGGUCUAAAGAAAAGCCAUCUGUAACCACACCCUCUUCCUCUUAUAUGUAACAUCCUCAUCUUUCAAGUUCUCUGCAUUUGUCCUUAGAAUCCUGUAUUGUUAUAGCUGGAAGACCUUAAGACCAUCUAGUCCAUAUCAUCUAUUUUACAGUUGAGCCAACUAAAGCUGAGAAAGGUGGAACUUAGUUGCCCAAGGUCCACAAUAAGCCACUGAUAUUUUGGAGACUAGAACACAGGUCCAUUGCUUUCCCCAAAUCCUGGGAUAUAUGCCCCAAUAACCCAUGUCUACUCUCUGCUAUGGCUGCUGAUGGUAUCCCCUUGUUUGAGUUUAUUCUAUACUAAGAUGUUAAGCACUAUAACUGUACUACUUGUUCUGUUGUUAUGCAAUAAAGUUGAUUCGCCAGA